AUAGAGAGACGGGGCACCCAAUGCACGUGAGAGAGAAAUAGAGAGACGGGGGGCACCCAAUGAGAGAGGGAGUGAGAGAGAGAGAGAGAAUGUGUUGCAAUUGGUGGGAGAACGUAGGGUGAAUUAUACUUAAUCUGAGCACCCUAUUGAAAAGAAAAAUGAUACGAUUCGUUCUCUGGAUAUUACUCUUUCUCAAAAGUGAUCUGAUUGAUGCUGUAAAUGUGUCGGGAAAAGAGGGAAUGAAAGUAACUUUACCGACUGGACUUACUGAACUAUCUAGCAGCACUGUUAUAGCAUGGUGUUUUCCAUUGAUUCGUUCAGAUUCAUUUGAUAACAUAGCGCUGCUGAAUGCUGGUGUGAUUAAAACAGACUACAGUAGGAGGUUCAAAGACAGACUGAAGCUGGAUACUCAGACUGGAUCUCUCACCAUCAGAAACCUCACCAUCAACGACUCUGGACUUUAUAAAAUACUUAUCAUCAAUACACAGAGUUCAUCUAAGAUUACAAAUCUAACUGUCUAUGCCUCAGUGUCUGCUCCUCACAUCAGUCCCUCAGUGGACAGUCCAUUUGAAAACGUGAGCUGUUCCUUGGUGUGCACUGUGAAGAACGGGAGAGAGGUGAUCUUGUCCUGGUACAGAGGAGGGGAGAUACUCAACCAGAUCAGCAGCCCUGAUCUUCUCACCAAUCUCUUUCUCCCUCUGGAGUUAAACAAAAUAAACAUUGACACCUACAGAUGUGAGGCUUCCAACCCUGCUGACUCAAAACCAACUCCACUCAACUUUCAAACGCUCUGCCCUCAAUUGUCCUCACGCUCUGCCCUCAAAGAGUCUGGUCGCAAUCCUGUCCCAAUCGCACUGGUCACGUUGUUAGCAGUUGGGAUAAUAAGUGUUGGUAUAUUCUGGGCAGUUAAAAAAAGAAAAUUCGGAGCCUGCAAGCAAAGAGAAGAAGGCCAACAUUAUACUGAAGUGAAAUUUCAGAGAUCGGUUGGGAAUACACUGGUAUCUGGCACUGGAGGAGUCUGUUCACCAGAAGAGUCUGUUUUGUACGCUGAUGUCAGAAUCUUACCUUUUGUUCAGACAGGACUGGAUUCAAUCACACCUCUCUCAAAGCUGUGACCUUGGCGUGGUUUAGAGGCAUGUGUGUCUCAAUGACCCUGAGAGCUACGUCGGAGGGGGCUUUUGCCCCUGGUAGGUUUAGCCAUUCCGGAUUGGUCUUAGGUCAGGGGCCAGACCAAUGACACCAUUGUUUCAUGUUGUCAUGGUGCUAUAGGUAGGCAACUAUACCACCCUGACAAUGUUACAUGCUGUGUGUACAGUUGAAGUCGGAAGUUUACAUACACUUACGUUGUAGUCAUUAAAACUUGUUUUUUCAAGCACUCCACAAAUGUAUUGUUAACAAACUGUAAUUUUGGCAAGUCGGUUUGGACAUCUACUUUGUGCAUGACACAAAUCAUUUUUCCAACAAUUGUUUACAGACAGAUUAUUUCACUUAUAAUUAUAAUAAACUGUGGUGUAGUUAUUAUAUUUACAUGUGAUCAGAAGCAUAGCUGAUAGGAAUGUGUUUUACAGAAUACAGGCCUACACAGAAGACUUCUGAUCUUCUGGACAUCACUGUUCUAUCUGCAAGGUUCUUUGAAAAAUCCCCCGAUGUUAGUCUAACAACAAAACCCACAAAUGGAGAGAGAGAGAGUGUGGGACUCUUAUGGUUGCUCAAUUAAGACUACAAAUAUACAUGUAUCACAAUGAACAUGUCAUCCAACGUGGAUUCCAUCAACCCCUUCAUCAUCCCCAUAGUAUAGUCGGUGCGUAUGUGUGUGCAUGCAUAUGCAUGUGUGCAUCCGCGAUUGCAUGCUGUGUAGAAAUGAGCUUCUUUCUCACCAUAGCGUGUGGUUAUCGCUUCUCUGUCUGUUCUCUUUGUAGUCAGUAGCCUAUAUGGGUCAGUCACUCUCAUUCUCACUUGCUUAUAGGAGAGAUGUGGUACCUUCCUCCAGCACUGUACAGCUUAUCUUACACAAAAUAGCUCAAGCAACAAACCAUGCUCUCCAUCCCCUUUAGAUAAGAAAGGAGAUAUAACAGGUAUAACAGAUUGACCCUUGCCCCCCGACACAUAUACUAUUACAGCAUAAAACCUGGAUGCUGAGAGAGGAGGACUCGGGAGACACUGUGGCCCCGUUCGACAAUAACCCUGGACAGGGCCAAGCAGGCAGGAUUUAACCCCACCCACUUUGCCAAAGCACAGCCCCACACCACUAGAGGGAUAUAUCUUCAAACCACCAACUUACUACCCUGAGACAAGGCCGAGUAUAGCCCACGAAGAUCUUCCCCACGGCACAAAGAGGAAGAGGAGGAAGAUCAAGAAGAGGAGGCGGAACAAGCAAACUAGCCUGGAUAAAUCCAGUAUGGUUGUGCUAUCAUAUCAACUCCUUGUCUGUCCUUGUCAUGCCAAACACCGGCAUGUUUGGCAUGACAAUGAGUGAAAAGGAUUUGCCAUGAUAGCACAGACUGGAUUUCUCCAGGCUACAAGCACACACCAUAAAAUGGGAACUAGAAUUAACUAAGUUGUGUUAGCAUUAUGCCAUAGGCUCUGUAAUAUAUGCAGAUUUAACAAAAUGGUGCAAUUAUCGUGCAUUUAAUUGAACUUGUCUGUCUGGGAAAAUACUAAAGCCCCACUCCUUACUUUGAAAAAUAACAAGACAGCAACUCUGCCACUUGGUUUGCUAUAAAGCUGAGGAAUAGGGCUGAAGAAACAAACCAUAGAAAGUCCCACCAAGUUGACUGCUUUAAAAUGGUGUAUGUCUUCGAUGUUCAAAGGCACUGACCAUACUCAAGUAAUAUGCAAAGUGCGCUCUCUAUCCAACUCUAGGGAGCGAGGUUACUUAAAAACUGGGAUGCAGCCUUUGCUUGAGUAGCUUCCUCAGGAGCGGUUAGUUGAGUUUUUAUACAAGGAAAAGCAAGUGGUGAAUUUCUUAACAAUUUUGUUCAGGUCUCUUAUCAUGUGGACUUUAGACUUGAUAUUACUUUGAGUGUUUUUUAAUUCUCAGUGUGCUGGGGACUGUACAUACUAAAGUGGAGACAGAAGUGAAGACAGUAGGCAGGUUUCCAUUGACCCAGGUUUAUUCCACAAAAGCAAUGUUGCAACAAAAUAAAUGCGACAUAUGUAAUGGAAACAGCAGGUAUAGAAUACAUUUUUUGUAAAGAUCGACAAUAUUUGUAUCCGUUCGACACGGGUCGGUUUUUCUUUUCUCAAACUUUCUUUAUUGCGACAAAUGAACUCAGGUGGGAUGUGCAACUCAGGACCACAAUAACCCACUGGCACAGAGCUAAAGCCUACAGUUGUAGCCAUGAGGGCUGUGUACUGAAUGUCAACUUACACUCUUCAGAUGAAGUACAAAUAAAGGAAAGUAAAUAUA